UCAUAUCCAGCAACCCAUAAUUACCUACAGAGAUUGAACCAAUCAAGCCUUUAGAAGCUUGACUGCAACUUCAGAAUGUUCAACUGCUCCCCUGUUCUUCUCGUUUUGUCUCUGUUUCUGGUCCUCAUCAACUCCGCUAUCGCUGAUCCACGAGCCACUGAGGCAGCUCUGAUAUGCACAAACGACACCGCUUUGAUCAUACAGAGACAGUCCUUCAUAGCCAACUUCCUGGCAGCCCUAGACACGCUGACACCUCUCAUUUCCCGCCAAAAAUACGCUGCCGUCGUCAACGGCACCGGGAACACCACCGUCUACGCUUUCGGCGAGUGCAUGAGAGAUCUUUCCCAAAUAGACUGCAACCUCUGCUUUGCUCAGUGCAAGACGCAGAUUCUGAGGUGCCUUCCUUUUCAGAAGGCCACUCUUGGAGGUAGGCUUUUCUACGACGGGUGUUAUCUCCGGUACGACAACUUUGAUUUCUUUAACCACAGCUUGAGCGCCGAAGACAAGAGUGUCUGCGGGGCUGAAAGUUUUGGUGGGAAUCAAAGAGUUUUCAAAGCUAAUGCUUUGGAGUUGGUGAGGAAUUUGAGCUUGGAAGCUGCGAAGAAUGAUGGGUUCUUUGUUGGGUCCAUGGAUCGGGAGAAUGUGACGGUUUAUGGGUUGGCUCAGUGUUGGGAAUUAGUUAAUGGAUUUGCUUGUGAGAAGUGUUUGAGUGACGCGGUCGUUAGAAUAGGGUCGUGUCCUCCUAAAGACGAAGGGAGGGUUUUGAAUGCAGGCUGUUACUUGAGGUAUUCGACCCAGAAGUUUUAUUACAACAAUACUAAGACGGAUGAUGGGGGAGGAGUUGGAGGACGCCAUGACUUGGCUAUGAUUUUGGCUGUAACAUCUGCUGCAUUGGCUCUUGUCCUAGCUGUUUCCGCCUUUGCUUUCUUGACAAGGAAGAAAUCGUUGAAGAGGAGGAAAGAGAGAGAGCAAUUCGGUGCUCUGUUGUCCAUUGUGAACAAGUCCCGACUCAAUUAUUCAUAUGAAGUUCUGGAAAAUGCCACCAAUUACUUCCAUGAUUCUAACAAGCUUGGACAAGGAGGAUCUGGUUCCGUUUACAAAGGAGUUCUGUCAGAUGGAAAGGUUGUUGCCAUAAAGAGGUUGUUCUUCAAUACAAGGCAAUGGGUGGAUCAUUUCUUCAAUGAAGUAAAUCUGAUCAGUGGAAUCCAUCACAGGAAUCUUGUUAAGCUAUUGGGAUGCAGCAUUACAGGCCCUGAAAGCCUUCUUGUUUAUGAGUAUGUCCCAAAUCAAAGCCUUCAUGAUUAUUUUAGUGUGAAACAUGAUCUUGAACCACUAAGUUGGGAACUGAGGUAUAAGAUCAUAUUGGGGACAGCUGAGGGCUUGUCCUAUCUUCAUGAAGAAUCCAAAGUGAGAAUUAUUCAUAGGGAUAUAAAGUUGAGUAAUAUUCUGCUUGAUGAGGACUUCAUGCCAAAGAUUGCAGACUUUGGACUUGCUAGAUUGUUUCCUGAUAAUAAAACCCACGUUAGUACUGCCAUUGCUGGCACAUUAGGUUACAUGGCUCCUGAGUAUGUCACUCGUGGCAAGUUGACAGAGAAGGCAGACGUUUACAGUUUUGGUGUUCUUGUCAUUGAAAUCAUAACUGGAAAGAGGGUCAAUAGCUUUGCAUCUAAUUCUGUUCCGAUCCUACAGACGGUUUGGGACCUGUAUGGAACAGAUCAGCUAUGCAAUGCAGUUGAUCCAAUUCUAGUGGGUAACUUCAUAAAUUCUGAAGCAUCUCAAUUGCUUCAAGUUGGACUACUUUGUGUACAAGCCUCUGCAGAGUUACGACCAUCAAUGUCAUUAGUAGUGAAAAUGCUCACUAAUCAGAAUCUUGAAAUUCCUCAGCCUACACAACCACCAUUUCUUAAUACCGGUAGUGCAGAAUACAGCAAACGUACUACUUCUGGGACUUCUAAUUUGCAUCUCGAUUCUCGCACACAUUCUGAAAGGAAUAGUAUGACACAAAGCUGGAUUGAGCCUAGAUGAGCUACAUAUAGGACCUGCAUCAAAACAAUCGUUUCUAAAUUCUAUCUCCCCAAACUCUUGAGGAAGAGAUGGUUCAACUCAAGUAAUGCACUUGCUGCAACAAUCAGAUGAUGACUGAUACAACCCUGCAGCUUUUGAGUUUGUUAAAUUCUGGAUUAGGAUAUAUCAAAUUUUCUGUAGACACUUUCGAUAGGGCAGGAAAAAUAUGCCUACACCAUGUAUCUUUUAUGUGAAUAUGUUUCAGUAUAUAUUCUCAGAGUAAAAUUU